GCGGCGGGCUGCCCGCAGAGCGCUGCGUGUGCGCGGCGCUUAGCCUGUGUCGGCAGCCGGAGUGUAGACGCUGCUGCCGUCCUCCAGCAGGGACCAUGCAGGCUCUCCUCGCCGCACUACGGCGGCUGCCGGCCGGCUUGCUGCUGCUGGCCGGCUGCGUGUGCCUGGGGCUGUCGGAGCCGCCGCCGAGCAGAGCCGCCGUCUCCUCGCCGUGGGCGCCAGAGGCGGCUGCCCCCGUCGUGGUGGCCAACCGCGGGCUGCGGGUGCCCCUGGGCCGCUCCGCCUGGCUGGACCCCACGCGGGACCUGGUGCUGCAGGUGCAGCCGGGCGACCGAUGCCACCUCACCGUGCUGGACGAGGACCCGCUGUGGCAGCGGCCGGGCCGCCUGAGCCCUAGGCGCUUCCCCUGCGACUUCGGUCCCCGCGAGGUGCGCUACUCGCACCUGGGCGGCCGCAGCCCCGCGCGGGACCGCGUCCGCCUGCAGCUGCGCUACGACUCGCCCAGCCGCGCCCUGGUGCUGCCGCUGGUGCUGGAGGUGGAGGUGCUCUUCACCCAGCUGGAGAUCGUCACGCGCAACCUGCCCCUCGUCGUGGAGCGCCUGCGAGGCACCAGCAGCCCGCUGGACUCCCGCAGCCUGGAGUUCGCAUUCGAGCCGGGCCGGCAGCGCUGCCGGGUGGGCCUGCUGCCCUCGCUGACCGGGCUGCCCCGCUACGGAGAGAUCCUUAACUACCCCACGGCCGUGGCGGUGCCGACGGGAGGGAGCGUGGAGGCUGCGGGAGGCGGCCCCGUGCCCGCCUCCAUGUGGGACUGCGAGGAGUUCCUGCGCCUCGGGCUGCGCUACCGGCACACGGCGGCCGGCAGCUCCCCCAACCGCGACCUGGUGCCGCUGGUGGCCGAGCUGUGGGAGGCGGUGGGCGGCGGGGAGCUGCUCAAGCGCGAGUACUUCCAGGUGCUGGUGCGGAUUCGAGGCGGGAUGGAGAACGUGGCUCCCAAACCCAGCUUCAUGGCCAUGCUGAUGAUGGAGGUGGACCAGUUUGUCCUCACCGCACUCACUCCUGACAUGCUGGCAGCUGAGGAUGCUGAGUCACCCCCAGACCUGCUGCUGUUCAACAUCACUUCGCCCUUCGGCCCAGGCCAGGGGCACAUGGUCAGCACAGACGACCGGAGUUUGCCCAUCUCCUCCUUCAGCCAGCGUGAUGUGAGAGAGCUGCGCAUUGCCUACCAGCCCCCUGUGGAGGACUCAGAUCGAGAGCGUCUCUUUGAGCUGGAGUUGGAGGUGCUGGACCCCGAGGGUGCUGCCUCGGAGCCCUUUGCCUUUGUGAUUGUGGUGAAGCCCAUGAACACCCUGGCACCUGUGGUGACCCGCAACACUGGCCUUGUGCUCUAUGAGGGGCAGUCACGGCCUCUCUCGGGCCCUGGUCCCAGCCCCAACCUGGUGAUCAGUGAUGAGGAUGACCUUGAUCAGGUGCAGGUGAGUGUUGUGGCAGGACUGAGACAUGGCCACCUCACUCUGCUGGAGGACACCCCAGCAUCUGCCGCUCCUCGUAAACACUUCACGGUGGCUGAGCUGGCAGCAGGCCGGGUCGUUUACCAGCAUGAUGGCAGCGAGUCUCCACUCAGUGACAACUUGGUGCUGCGGCUGGAAGAUGGUGGCUCCCGACACCGUGUUGAGUUCCUUUUCCCAAUUACCCUUGUGCCCACUGAUGACCAGCCACCCCUACUCAACGCUAAUACAGGGUUGGCUAUAGCUGAGGGUGAAACAGUGCCCAUCACCACCCGUGCUCUUAGUGCUACUGACAUUGAUUCACAAGAUGCCAUCCUGCUCUUCACAGUGGAGUCUGGUCCCAGUGCUGGCCAACUCCUCCUGCGACAAGCACAGCCACCUCCUGGCUGGGAAGAGGAAGAUGAUGAGGGUUUUUCCUGGAGGAGGGUGCCAGGUGUAGUGGGGAGCUCACUUAUCUAUGAAAAGCCUGUGAGAGAGUGGCUGCAGCAGGACAUUGUGGAAGGGCGUCUCUAUUACCACCACUUCGGGCCUCACAGCCCUGGCCCUGGGGUUGUGUUGGACCAAUUUGUCUUUAGGGUCCAAGAUGACAAUGACCCACCCAACCGGUCUGGACCGCAGACAUUUGUGAUCCGGGUGCAUCCUGUAGACAGAUUAGCCCCAGAGCUGCACAGCAGCAGCAGCCUGCACUUAAUAGUUGCAGAACAGCAGGUGACUCCCCUGCGAAGGAAGCACUUGUGUUACACAGAUGAGGAUUCAGGGGACCGUGAGCUUCGUUACACGAUAACCCAGCCCCCCACUGACACUGACUCUAACCAUCCUCCAGAUGAGCAUGGAGCCCGCCUUGGAUCCCUUGUGCUGACUGAAGAUCACUCUGUGGAGGUUACCCACUUCACACAAGCACAGAUCAAUCAUCACAAGAUUUCCUACCGCCCCCCACAGGAAGAGCUGGGAGUGGCUCCUCAUUUGAUUCAGUUUCAGUACCAAGUGGAAGAUGCAGCUGGCAAUGCAGCUGAGGGGACUUUCACCAUCUACCUGCAACCUGUGGAUAACCAGCCUCCUGAAAUCACUAAUACUGGCUUUACUUUGGCUGAGGGAGGCAGCCAUGUCCUUAGCCCAACUGAGCUGGAUGCCAGUGACACAGACACAGAGCUUGCUCAUCUCCGAUUUAUCCUGACCCAGGCUCCUCGUUAUGGCCAACUGCAGCUUUCUGGGUACAGUUUGAUCCUGGGAGGUGCCUUUGGCUUGGAGGAUAUCAGACAAGGGAGGGUGGUGUAUAUACACAGUGGAGCUGAGACCAAUAGCGAUUCUUGCAGGCUUGAUGUGAGCGAUGGGGUUCAUGUUGUGCCCAUCAUGUUAAAAAUGAAUGUGCACCCAGUUGAUGAUGAGGUUCCUACCCUACGGUUACCGCCAGGCACUGUUGGCUCCUACCUGGAUGUACUGGAGAACGGUGCUGCUGAAAUCACUGCUAAUGUAAUUCAGGGCACAGAUGAGGAUACGGAUGACUUGAUGUUGACUUUCAUUGUUGAGGAUCCUCCUCAGCAUGGGAACAUCCUUGUCCAAGGGGUGCCUGCUGAGAGAUUUUCCCAGAGAGAUGUUUUGGAUGGUGCUGUGGUGUAUGCUCACACUAGUGGUGAAAUAGGCCUUCUGCCCAAAGAAGAUACCUUCAACCUUACCUUGUCUGACCUGUCUGAGGAAUGGAGCAUCAGGGGCAAUGUUGUUCAAGGAGUGUCAGUAUUGGUGACUAUUCUCCCUGUUGACAAUAAAGCCCCAGAGAUUUUUGUGGGGGAGCAGUUCAGAGUAACAGAAGGUGACAAACGUGUCAUUACUCCUGCUCACCUAAGGGCUGAAGAUGUGGAUACUCCUAGUGAUGAUAUCCUCUGCACCAUUGUUGCCCAGUCCACAUCGGGGUAUGUAGAGAACAUUUCUCCAGCCCCAGGAUCUGAAAAAUCCAGAGCAGGUAUAGCUAUAAGUGCUUUUACCUUAAAAGACCUCCGUCAAGGGCAUAUUUUUUAUGUCCAGAGUAUACAUAAGGGUGUAGAACCUGUUGAAGACAGAUUUGCUUUCCGCUGUUCUGAUGGCAUUAACUUUUCCCAAAGGCAUGUUUUCCCUAUUGUCAUUAUACCAAUGAAUGAUGAAGAGCCUGAAAUCUUUAUACGAGAGUUUGUUGUGAUGGAAGGCAUGAGCCUGGUUAUUGAUACCCCUAUCCUCAAUGCAGUUGAUGGGGACAUCCCUGCUGAUCAGUUAACAUUUACAGUCACCAGGCUUCCCAGGCAUGGCCACAUUGUGAACCAGCUGGUUAAUGGAACUGUCUUAGCGAAGAGCUUCACCUUGGAUCAGAUAACAGAGAGCUCCAACAUACUCUAUGAACAUGAUGACUCUGAGACAAGGGAGGACAGUUUUGAGGUGAAACUCUCAGAUGGUAAACAUACCACAGUGAAAACGGUAUUCAUUAUGGUUGUUCCUGUAGAUGAUGAGACACCCAGAAUGGCCAUCAAUGAUGGUUUGGAGAUUGAAAUAGGGGAAACUAGGACUAUUCAUAACAGAAUAUUGAAAGCUACUGACCUAGAUUCUGAAGACAAAACCUUGACAUACGUUAUAAGAUAUGGGCCAGGACAAGGUCUCUUACAGAGAUUAAAACCUUCAGGUGGAGUUGAGAAUAUCACUCUGGGGAUGAACUUCACUCAAGAUGAAGUGGAUAGAAAUUUAAUUCGUUAUAUGCACUUUGGCCAAGAAGGUGUUCGUGAUCUUAUCAAAUUUGAUGUGACUGAUGGAAUAAAUCCUCUCAUUGACCGCUACUUUUAUGUGACAAUAGGUAGCAUUGAUAUAGUCUUCCCAGAUGUAAUCAGCAAAGGAGUUUCUUUGAAGGAAGGAGGGAAGGUAACCCUUACAACUGAUUUGCUUAGCACCAGUGACUUGAAUAGUCCAGAUGAGAACUUAGUUUUCACUAUUACCAGAGCACCUGUUCGUGGUCAUCUUGAAUGCACAGAUCAGCCUGGGGUGCCCAUCUCCACUUUUACUCAGCUCCUAUUAGCAGGCAAUAAAAUCUAUUACAUUCACACUUCGGAAGAUGAGGUGAAAAUGGACAGCUUUGAGUUUGAGGUGACUGAUGGUUAUAACCCUGUAUUUCGUACUUUCAGAAUUUCUAUCAGUGAUGUGGACAAUAAGAAACCUGUUGUCACAAUCCAUAACCUGGUGGUGAGUGAAAAUGAAUACAAACUAAUAACCCCAUUUGAACUGACUGUGGAAGACAGAGAUACACCUGAUGCAUUGCUAAAAUUUAUCAUCACUCAAGUACCGAUUCAUGGUCUGAUCAUGUUUAAUAACUCCAAACCAGUCACCACCUUCACUAAACAAGAUCUAAAUGAGAAUCUGAUCAGCUACAAACACGAUGGCACAGAAUCAGUUGAGGAUAGCUUCUCUUUCACUGUUACAGAUGGCACUCACGCUGAUUUCUAUGUCUUCCCUAAUACUGUGUUUGAAACGAGGAAGCCUCAGACGAUGAAGAUUCGGAUAAUGGCUGUGGACAACAGCAUACCUCAAAUCGUAACCAACAAAGGUGCUCAGACUCUCCGUAUUUUGGCCACGGGCCACAUAGGGUUUCAGAUUACCAAUAAAGUGCUCAAAGUGGAAGACAGAGACAGCUUACAUGUUGCUCUGAAGAUCAGAAUCACAGAGGGUCCUCGUCAUGGAUUCCUGAUCCACCUGGGGAAAGGCAACCAUAGCAUCAGCCAGUUCACCCAAGCUGAUAUUGAUGAUUUGAAGAUAUGCUAUGUUUUACGAGCAGGUGACAAUGCCACCAGUGACAUUUUUCACUUCAUGGUUGAAGACAGCGGAGGCAAUAAGCUGAAGAAUCAACAUUUUCGUCUAAACUGGGCAUGGAUUUCCUUAGAAAAGGAAUAUUAUUUAGUAAAUGAAGAUUCGAAAUAUCUUGAUGUCACUCUUAAACGGAGAGGUUACCUUGGAGAAACUUCUUUUAUAAGUAUUAGCACCAGAGAUGGUACUGCCAAGAAAGAUAAAGACUUCAGAGGAAAAGCCCAGAAGCAAGUGCAGUUUAAUCCUGGCCAAACCUUAGCUACGUGGCGAGUACGGAUUUUGAGUGAUGGUGAACAUGAACGGUCUGAGUCAUUUCAAAUUGUUCUUUCUGAGCCUGUCAUGGCAGUUCUGGAAUUUCCUGAUGUAUCCACAGUGGAGAUUAUUGAUCCAGGAGAUGAAUCAACUGUCUUUAUUCCUCAGUCCACCUAUACUAUUGAAGAAGAUGUUGGCGAGUUGUUUAUUCCAGUCAGAAGAAGUGGGGAUGUGAGCCAGGAACUGAUGGUUAUCUGUUACACGCAACAAGGAACAGCAACUGGCACUGCCCCAACCUCUGUGCUGUCUUACUCUGACUACAUAUCCAGGCCUGAGGAUCAUAACAGCGUUCUCCGUUUUGACAAAGACGAACGAGAAAAAACAUGUCGAGUAGUGAUCAUAGACGAUUCCUUGUAUGAAGAGGUUGAGACCUUUGAUGUUUUGCUGAGCAUGCCGAUGGGUGGAAGAAUUGGUACAGAAUUUGCAAGCACUCGAGUUACCAUUGUACCGGACAAGGAUGAUGAACCAGCAUUCUAUUUUGGAAAUGAUGAAUACUAUGUUGAUGAGAGUGCUGGCUAUGUUGAGGUACGUGUUUGGAGGACAGGAACUGAUUUGUCUAAAGCUGCCUCUGUUACAGUGAGGUCUCGCAAAUCUGAAUCAAGAACUGCAGAAGCUGGAAUAGAUUAUGUAGGUAUCAGUCGUAAUUUGGAUUUUGCCCCUGGAGUCAGUAUGCAGACAUUUCGUGUGGUAAUUCUGGAUGACCUUGGACAACCAGUGUUAGAAGGAACUGAGAAGUUUGAGCUUGUUCUAAGAAUGCCUAUGAAUGCUGCCCUUGGAGAACCCAACAAGGCCACCAUCUUCAUCAAUGACUCAGUCUCUGAUUUGCCUAAGAUGCAGUUUAAAGAACCUGUAUAUGUAGUCAAUGAAGAUGAUGGACAGAUUUCUGCCAUGAUAUACAGGAGCGGGGAUAUCCAAUACACAUCAACUGUGAGAUGUUAUACAAGGCAAGGUUCAGCUCAGGUAAUGAUCGACUUUGAAGAACGUCCUAAUACUGAUAGUUCCAUCAUCACAUUCCUUCCUGGUGAGACUGAGAAGCCUUGCACACUGGUGCUUAUGGAUGACACUUUUCAUGAAGAAGAUGAAGAACUACGUCUGGUUCUUGGCACCCCAAGAAGUGAUUCGUCCUUUGGUGCCUCUAUUGGAGAACAAAAUGAGACCUUGAUAAAGAUUAAAGAUGAUGCAGACAAGGCUGUUAUUAAAUUCGGUGAGACCAAAUUUAGCGUGAGUGAACCAAAGGACACAAGACAGGUAGCAGUUGUAAAAAUCCCAGUGUUUCGUCUGGGAGACACGUCCAAGGUUUCUGUUGUGAGAGUUCAUACAAAGGAUGGAUCUGCUAUUUCUGGAGAGGACUAUCACCCUAUAUCAGAAGAAAUUGAAUUUAAGGAGGGUGAAACACAGCACUUUGUGGAGAUUGAAGUUCUCUUUGAUGGAGUUAGGGAGAUGAGAGAAGCCUUCACUGUUCACCUGAAACCUGAUGAGAACAUGGUUGCUGAAAUACAGACGGCCAAGGCCAUUGUUUACAUUGAAGAAAUGAACAGCAUGGCAGAUGUCACCUUUCCUUCUGUCCCUCAAGUUGCAUCCCUUUUGAUAUAUGAUGAUACUUCUAGAGCCAAAGACAGAACCAGUCCCGUAGCUGGCUAUCCUGUCAUCUGUAUUACAGCUUGCAAUCCUAAAUAUGAAGACUUCGAUAAGACUGGUUCUAUAUGUGCUAGUGAAAACAUCAAUAACACUCUGACAAAAUAUCGAUGGCUUGUGAGUGCACCCACUGGUCCUGAUGGUGUUACGAGCCCCAUGAAGGAGGUUGACUUUGAUACCUUCUUCACUUCAUCCAAGAUGAUCACACUUGACUCCAUUUACUUUCAAGCUGGCUCUCGUGUCCAGUGUGCAGCUCGUGCUGUGAAUUCAGAUGGGAAUGAGGGUCUUGAACUUAUGAGCCCUAUUGUAACUAUAAGCACAUCGGAAGGUCUUUGUCAGCCUCGUGUGUCAGGAGUAGUUGGAGCAGAACCAUUCUCUGCCAAACUGCGCUAUACAGGCCCAGAAGAUCCAGCUUAUGCCAAUCUCAUCAAACUGACAGUCACAAUGCCACAUAUCGAUGGCAUGCUGCCUGUUAUUUCUACAAGAGAGCUCUCCAAUUUUGAGCUGACACUUAGCCCCGAUGGAACUAGAGUUGGAAACCAUAAGUGCUCCAACCUGUUGGAUUACACAGAAGUGAAGACCCACCAUGGUUUCUUGACUGAUGCUACCAAAAAUCCAGAUGUGAUUGGAGAGACCAUUCCCUACCAAUACAGCCCAGCAAUUAGAGGCUUCAAUACCUUACGAUUCUACCGAAAUCUGAAUCUGGAAGCCUGUUUAUGGGAGUUUGUUAGCUAUUAUGACAUGUCUGAGCUCCUCACAGAUUGUGGAGGCACCAUUGGGACAGAUGGACAGGUUCUCAACCUAGUGCAGUCCUAUGUCACACUGAGGGUCCCCUUGUACGUCUCCUAUGUUUUCCAUUCUCCGGUGGGCGUAGGAGGUUGGCAGCACUUUGACCUGCAGUCUGAGCUCCGGCUGACUUUUGUGUAUGACACUGCCAUCCUGUGGAAGGACGGCAUCGGGAGCCCACCAGAGGCAGAGCUCCAAGGUUCUCUGUACCCAACCAGCAUGCGUAUUAGUGAAGAGGGACGCUUGGUUGUCAACUUCAAGACUGAAGCACGGUUUCACGGUCUGUUUGUCAUGUCCCAUCCUGCUUCAUCUCUAACUUCCAUGGUUAUGUCAGCUGAUCACACGAGCCUGACAUUCAGCCUCAGCCUCAUCCGAAGCGAGCCCACCUACAACCAGCCAGUACAGCAGUGGAGCUUUGUUUCAGAUUUUGCGGUUCGAGACUAUUCUGGGACCUAUACUGUAAAGCUUAUAGCUUGUACCACUGCUCCACAUCAGGAAUACAGCCUACCAGUGAUCUGCAAUCCUAGAGAGCCGAUCACAUUUGAUCUGGAUAUCCGAUUCCAGCAGGUCAGUGACCCAGUGGCUGCUGAGUUCAGCUUGAAUACCCAGAUGUUCCUCCUCUCCAAAAAGACACUAUGGCUAUCUGAUGGAUCAAUGGGCUUUGGACAAGAAAGUGAUGUUGCUUUCUCAGAAGGUGAUGUCAUUUAUGGUCGGGUGAUGGUGGAUCCUGUGCAAAAUUUGGGUGAUUCCUUCUACUGUAGCAUUGAGAAAGUUUUCCUGUGUACAGGAGCUGAUGGAUAUGUACCUAAGUAUAAUCCAUCCAAUACUGAAUAUGGAUGUCUUGCUGAUUCUCCAUCCCUUCUGUACAGAUUUAAGAUUGUGGAUAAAGCUCAACCAGAGACACAAGCCACGAGCUUUGGAAAUGUGCUCUUUAAUGCAAAACUUGCAAUGGAUGAUCCUGAAGCAAUUUCUUUAGUUAAGCAACCAGGCUCUGAUGGAUUUAAAGUGGACUCAACUCCUCUGUUUCAGGUGUCUUUGGGCAGGGAGUGGUAUGUCCAUACAAUCUACACUGUACGAUCAAAGGAGAACGCUAACCGCGGAAUUGGCAAAAGAAGCGUGGAGCGCCAGUACCACUCACUCUUUAGUGGAGGCAGCCCAGUAGCAUCCACACAGAGACGUCAUAAGAGAGGAGUUGUGGGAGCUCCAGAACUUGCCAAAGACAUUGGAGUAGAAAACAACCGAGGGACAAACAUACAGCACAUAGCACUGGAUCGCACCAGCAAGAGACAGGUUCCUCCAAGGGAUGUUGCAGUCAAUGGUGUUCUCCCCAGAGAACUGAACAGCCAGAGCUCGGAGGUCAACAUAGUCACAAUCAUUGGUGGAGCUGCUGCCAUUUUCCUUGUCAUCUGCUUAAUUACAAUCAUCGUUUUGCUGCUAAAGCGGAGACAAAAUUCUGAGAAGAAGGAAGCCGCAAAGAAGUCAGGCAGCAAUGAACCAAUGAUGCUACCCGAUAACUACACCAGUGACAGCUCUGAGGUUUGAUUCAAAGACCACGGGAUUCAACCCAGAGUCUCCAGGAUGCCUCAAAACAAAACUGAACUGCACUUUUAUAGCAGCAGAUCAUGUUGACUCGUGAAGAGUAAAAAGUUCAUAUGCUUCUAGAUUUACUUGAAAUUUUUUAUCCUGAACUUUUGCUGCCUUUAUCAACAAUAGGAGAAUCCAUCCUGAAUCUCCCACUUUGCACGAAAGGUUAUCGUGACGUCCCUAUAUCAUGCACUAAUCUUUAGCAGGAGUUAAGGAACUGCAUUGUAAGGGAGAAAAUUUUGUUUUGUUUUUAUAUUUGCUGACAUUUCAAAAAAGUAGUAGAAACUAUCCGAAGGUGCUAUAGAUCCUGUCUGUAAUAAGAGAGGAAAUCUGUUUCUUUAGAAAUACUGAAUACUUGAGAGGUGGAAUACUUGCAUUCUUCAGUUGAAUUUUGUACUGUUUCUCACAAAGAACUCAAUGUCUACAGUUAGGCUGAAAGGUGAUAAAAUGCCUUAGACAUGAACCCUCCCUCCUGUAAGACUUUGACUUCAUUUAAGCUAUAUCAGUGGUAAGUUUUUUUCCUUAUGUUUAACAGAACUUUUUCAAAAGACAGCUAGAUUAGACAGCGUAGCAUUGUAGUCAGUUGCAUGUCACAGAAGGCAAUACGUACUUUUUUCUACAAAUUCUUAUUUUAAUCAGAUAUUUUUCACUCAUUUUUUCCUUAUUUAUGAUCAUAUAAAGCCAAAGAAUACAACAAAUCUAGAAAGAAUUUUGUUUUUCACAGGAACUGGACACUUAUACCUUCUAAAGUUAAUAAAGGAUCAUGGAUGUGUUGUAAGGCAAAUUGUAUUUUUUAUUGCAUAUCCACUGCUGGGAAAUGAAAGCAUUAGUAUUUCAGUACCUAGUGUUAGAUUCAAAAUGCAGAGGACAGAGUUCUGCCUGAACUGAGCCUAGGAAUCAUGAUACUGAAUUCAGCAUGUGAUUGUCAGUUGCCAUAUCAAAUGGCAACAAAGUGAAGAAAAAAAUAUAACAUGAUUGAAUCAGGCAGUAUUUAUUAGUGUAUAAUUAUAGCAUAUCUUGACAAACAUGCUAGGUCAUUGCUGGGCUAUUUUUUUUUAACAAGUGAGUAGUUCUGAAAGAGAAAUUCUGAUUUUCUCUCAGUCUUCCCAAUUUAGAUAAUCUGACAGCAUGAUGUCUCACGGAAGUUUGGAUCAGCAGUGUCCCAUGCCAUUUUUUUUAUCCAGACAGGACCUGUUCUGCCCUAAAGAUAUCCUGCCAAAUGCUCGGCCAUGGAUGCUGUAUAAUGCUGAAGACAGAUUGUCCCAUUUGUCACACUGGCAUUUAAUGUGAAUAAAUCUUUUCAAGUCAGUGGAGUUAAACUAUAUAAAAUCUGAAGCAGGCUGUUGGGUUUGGUGCUGAAAAACCUGUUCCCUUCCACAACCUCUGGCUGAACUAUCCUCAAGCUGCAAACCAUCUGGCAUUUGGCACUGGGGACCAUGCUGCAGAGAUCUAAGUUACCAGGAUCCAGCCUGAAAGCAACCUGGCUGCUAGCACAGAGUGCUGCCUCUGAACUAAAAUUCUGUCCAAAAGGCUUCAUAGCCUGCCUGUGGCGGGCUGUAAACACAGGGAGACCCAACUUAAGUCAUUCUGCACAAUGGCCCAUGAGGCUCAGAAAUGUUGAGGUCUACUCUCCCGGGAACGUCUGUGCAAUGAUUCAUGGUACGGUGUGAAUGUGCCCGCAGAGGGACUCACUAACAUCUCUUGCUCAGGUUUUAUAUUGUUGUGACUUCACUCAUUUUUUAAGGCUUCAUCAGUUUUUCACUUAACGGAUCAGGUCAGAAUCUGUACCAUCUUUUUCUGGGUUUUCUGAAGACUGUUGUUCAGACUGCUUAAUUGAAAGAUGUUUUCAGCAACCUGAGGGUCAAGCUCCAUUAUUAAAGUCAUGCAGUCAUCUUUUAUUUUAAUUAAUCUGAGUUCUAGCCUGAAAUAAUUAUCCACAAGACGUGCCCAGUGCAUUAGACCUUUUCCCUGGUCACCUGACAUUAAUUUACUCUUGUAAUGAAGUUCCUGGUUUUGUGAUCCUUGUAUUAUGUGUGCAAGAUUGAUCAAAGACUUAAGCCACAGAUGUGUUUUAUGUUUAAAGUUCAGAACUAAGUUACAAUUGUAAUCUAGGAUCAAAUUUACCCUUGUGCCAGUACGUGAAAUGACUGAUUAUGAGAAAGGCAGAAUUUGUCUCCUAGAACCUGCGUAUUCAGACAAUGACUUUACAGUAAAAUGGGACACAUGUAAAUAAUAGAACAUUUUAAUAUUUAUAAAAUGCCUGUUUUGUCUAAGCAGAGAAGAUCUUUUAAAAUAUAUAUAUAAUAAAUACAAAAUUUAGGUGUUUAUCAGUAGAGCAGUUUUUCUGGUUUUGAAUUUUAACAGACUGAAAUAUCAUUAAAGUUGCUUGCAGGCAAAAUCUUUUUUUGAACAAUUUUUUUUUUUUAAUGAAAUCACAUCAAAAACCUUGUGUUCUACAAGCCAAAUAUUGAGUCUGGUAGACAACAUGAUCACUGCUUUGAACAGUGUCUGAUUACUGCUCUGUAAAAUGCUCAGAUUGAUGGGGAUUAUCAGGCAAACAUUUUUCUCAAAAUAUAUUCAAAAAACCUGCUGAUAACAAAAUAAAACUCAAAGCAAGCACUGAGAAUCUGGACAAGAAUUAGUGGGAUUCAUGAAUCAGAUAUCAAAGUCCUCUGCCUGGGAAAAAAAAACCCUAUGUUCCCAGUAAGACCUGCCAGGUUUGUCCCAUUCCUAAGAAAUUGAAUUUCUUACAAUUCAGUGAACUAUAAAUACAACUGUAGCAGCAUGGUUUGUUAUUAUGGCUUCAAGGUUUUGAAUUUCAGCAAGAGGUUUUGGAGGCUUAUUAACAUUUUUCAUUCUACUUAUCAAGUGAUCUUGUUUAUACUAACCUGAAUAAGUGCCUCAUUGCCAGUUAUAUGCACAAAUAUAUUGAUAUUUAUCUAUCCAUGCAAUAAACUGAAUAUUUUAUAUAUAUAUUUAAUCUAUUUCCAGAUUGUGUAUUCAAUCUUCUUUUCCCUGAAGAUACGUAUUCCGCUAGCAGUAAUGCCAUUUGUUAAACCCUUUAUACAGUAACUGCUGUGUUUAAGUUUGUUAUCAAGCUGUCAGAAAUCUUUCCAUGCAUAUUUAUUUGGAGCAAUUUCUUAUGUAUGUCUGUGGCUGUGAUAUUUGGCAUUUUUAUCAGAAAAAAAAAUAAAACUACUUCUGUUUUGUUACUAGUCUAAAAUCUGUGUAUAACUGUCACACAGUGGAGAGUGGUCAGUAAUGCAGUGUUACAAAAAGUGGUUUUGCUACAUCAAAACCAACAAGGACAUAAGCUUACUGCUGUGUUUGCAAUAAAUGAAUC